AACAUGUCGGACUUAACAAUGGACUACUGGUUAAAUUUAGCCCCCUGUCCCCCUCCAUGGAACCCGGGGCUGCUGUACAGGACCCCCUACCCUGUAAACCUGACCGAGGGGGAGGUUCAGAGGAUCGCAGAGAGAUGCAAAGUCCCUCCGAAGGACACGCUAAUAAUGAGUUCAUCUGUACGGAACACAUCGAGUGUGGUGCUUCCUGCUUUAGUUUCGCUGUUUUCUGUGACUUUAUUGGGGACUUUGAUUGCUGUGUUGGUCUAUAGACACAGGAAACCUAGCACGGGCGAUAGCUGCCUACAGCCCAUGGACUCUAAAUGUGAUUUGCUGGAAGAGGUUCAGGACCGUGGUAACAAGGGCUUUGACAAUGCGACAUACAUGUACAAAGGACUGAAGACCGGCAUACAGCAUCCCGAUAAAACAAACACACAACGGCACGCGGGGAAUUCGAACAAAACAAAGCAGGUCUUACGUCAUCCUGAUAACACAAACACACAACAGGACGAGGAGAAUUUCGACAAAAGAAAGGAGGUCACACAGAAUUCUGAAAAAGCAAAAAUAAAGCAGGACCAUCAGAUAUCUGACGACUCGUUCUCAAAGCAGGGGGAACAUAUUUAUGAAAAUGUAUUACACAUAACAAGAACACUGGAACUCUGA